UUACAAGAAAUGUCAGUAAAACUAAAACAAACAAAAACACAUUCUACCAUCAACAAUACUCUAUGUUGUUAUUGUAAUGUAUUUAAAAUGACGCUUACUUUCUCAGUUUUAAAAAAAUAUAAUAUAAUAAUUAAUGGUUAUUACUACGUACUUGUUUAAUCAAUGCGUUUUUAAAACAACCUAUAAACUAUAACCUACCCACCCUAAAGAGGUGGAAUUUAGUUACUGGAUUACCAUAGAAACAAUGAAAAGGAAGUCUUGUUUGAUUGAAACUAUCGAUAAUUUCGUUGUUACGGAAAAAAACGUAAGAAAAAACUCUGUAGCUAAUUUAAAAAUGCAUAGAAAUACUAUUUGGUAUCACACAUUACUCGGGGCUGAGAAGUCAUGUCUCAAAGAAGAGAAGAUCAAAAAAAUUCAUUACAAAUUCGAAGACAAUAGGGAGAUGGUAGAAGAAUAUAACGUUGAUACUCAAGUUCUACUGCGCAGGGCUUGGAAAGUAAAGGGAAAGCUAGGAGGAGAGGGUAAAUGGGAGGUGGAAAUUGGAGAUCCUUUGCCUGAUAUGAUGGUUAACACUGAUUCCGCUGAAAUUAUUGAAAGCAAAGAUCAGCCAAUAGUAAGCAGGCGUAAUACAAGAAUCAACUUGGAGUGGAGAAUCAGGAAUUUACCAUAUCCAAUUGGAACAUAUUCUGUUGAAGCCAACAGUGAUGAGAAAUGUAUUAUUGUUAGGACAACAAAUAAGAAGUACUAUAAGAAACUACAAAUUCCAGAGCUAGUACGACUAAAUUUACCUGUAGAACAAGCUAACAUACAAUUCACACACUCAUUUCAUACAUUGAUUAUUACGUACAAAAAGCCACAACAGUUGCUAGACAUGGACAAGGAUUGGAAUGAGGAAUUGAAAAAAGUUAAACCUGUGAAAGAUAUACCCAAUGAAUGCAAAACACAAUAACAUUAUAUUCAUUAAAAUAUGUUUUAUUGAGAGACUUUAUCUUGAUAAUUACAAUACACCAUUUAUUGUUUAAAUAAAUUCCCUUCAUCUUGUUUAA